GGGACUACUACUACGGUCUCGCUUGCCAUCUGAACUCGAACCAAUUACACCAGGAACAUCCUCUAUAUAUAGCGGGAAACCACCUCCCUCUUCGAUCUCCAUCCUUGAAUUUCCCGCGUCCCGCCCACCAAUCUGUCCUUGGGGUUAGGGUUGGAGUCGAGCCUUUUCGGGGGCGAGCGAGAGAUAGGAGGAGAUGUACGCUGGCCAGUUCGAUGUUGGAUCGGCCUCCCUCUUCUCCGGCGGCGGAUUCAUGCCCUCACAAGCCACCCAAACCCCCGAUUCCGGCUUCUCCAAGAGUCGCGGCGUCCAGGGUGUGCUCCCUUUAACCGUGAAGCAGAUCAGCGAGGCGUACCACUCCAACGACGAUAAGUCCAAUUUCGUUGUCGAUGGUGUUGAUGCCACCAAUGUGAGGCUACUGGGGCUUGUGAUGACCAAGACGGAGAGGGUUACUGAUGUCUCCUUCGCCCUCGAUGAUGGUACGGGGAGAAUUGAUGUCAAUCGCUGGGUCAAUGAGACUUCGGACACAAAUGAGAUGGCUAUAAUUCAAAAUGGGAUGUAUGUCACUGUCAAUGGUAGCUUGAAAGGAUUCCAAGGCAAACGACAUGUUGUUGCCUUCUCCGUUCGGCCUGUGACUGAUUUCAAUUACAUCACUCUUCACUUCCUUGAGUGCAUUCAUGUGCAUCUGGAUAACACUAGACCGAAGGUGAAUGUGCCUGUGGGAACAGUAGUGACUCCUAAUAAUGAUGUAAAAAGAUACCAGACUCCUGUUUCGAACCAGUUCUCCACUCAUUCAGGCAUUGGUGGUUCCGAGAGUAAUAUCUACAAAUUGGUCUUGGAUGUUUUUCAGGAACCAGCUAGCCUUGCUCGUGAACAUGGACUGCACGUGGAUGAAAUUGUCCAGCGCUUAGGGAUACCGAUGGAUAAGAUCAAGGAUGCUAUUGAGUAUCAUGUUGAUAUUGGCAAUAUUUAUUCUACAAUUGAUGAAAACCACUACAAGUCUGCAUGCAAUGGUUGAAAUUUUCAAUUAAUUAUUCAAGCAAACUUUUUAUAAGACAUAGAUUGGCCUUCUAAACUAGUAACUUAAGUCCGUGACAUUGUGUUAAGUUGAUUAUGAUGUUUGCUUGUCUAAUUUAAGAAGGUAGAUUUUUUUAUUUCACAAACUAACUUUUCCUUUGAGAUUUUAGAAGUUACAAUUUUUUUUA